CCACCUAUCCUCAAGCCGGCUGAUAUGAGGCUGCAGUGACACCCAAUCGGCCUCCAGCCUCAAGGGGAAGGGAAGCACCUUCCCCUUCUUUGCUAGCUAUCACUCGCUCCAGCGCUAGCUCCGAUGGCCGCCUCCUCCUUCCUCCCGCUCCACCUCCCGGCCUCCCCCAGGCCAGCCACCGUGGCCGCGAGGGCAGCCUCGGGCGUCGCGUCGACGGUGCCCGCCGCUACUACGCAGACGUCGCAGCUGGAGGAGACCUUCGGCCGGAAGGGCCUGAGGUUCGGGACGGACGCCACGGGCGCGCCCACGGCGGAGCUGAGCGUGCGCAACGGCAGCUCGCUGCAGCUCCGGCUCAACGACGGGCUGGUCACGUCGUACCGGCCCAAGGUGUCCUGGGAGGGCGGGGACGGCUGCCGGGAGCUGCUGCACACCGUGGCCGGCGCCGGCGCGGUCAAGGGCGGCGUGGGGCUGGUGCUCAACGAGGCCUCCUCCUCGUCGUCGCUGCUCGGCGCGUCGGAGUGGUCCGUGACGGACGUGGACUCGGACUCGUACGACGCGGUGCAGGUGGAGCUCGGGUGCGGCGUGGGCGGCGCCAAGGGGGCCAAGCUGGAGGUGUCGUACGUGGUGACGCUGUACCCGCUGAGCAUGGCGACGGCGGUGAUCGUCAAGAACAACGGGGCCAAGCCGGUGGAGCUGACGGGCGCCGUGCUGAGCCACAUCAAGUUCGACAAGCGGCGGGGCACGGCCGUGGAGGGGCUCCGCGGCUGCCCCUACUGCUCCCACCCGCCGCCGGCGUCCGGGUUCGCGCUGCUCACCCCCGCCGAGGCCAUGAAGCGGGAGGAGUCCGGGUGGUUUGGCGGCGGCGGCGGGGAGGAGCCGAGGCAGGGCGACUGGACCGUGGAAGAGAACCUCUACACCAUCCUCAAGAAGAAGGUGAGCAGGGUGUACGCGGCGCCGCCGGAGGAGAGGAAGAAGCGCAUCUACAGCACCGCGCCCUCCAAGUUCACCACCAUCGACCAGUCUAGCGGGCUCGGGUUCAGGCUUGUGAGGAUGGGGUUCGAGGACCUGUACCUGAGCAGCCCGGGAGGAUUGUACGAGAAGUUCGGCAACGACUACUUCCUCUGCACCGGGCCGGCGUCCAUCCUCGUGCCCGUCGUCGUUGGCCCCGGCGAGGAGUGGAGGGGGGCGCAGGUCAUCGAGCACGACAACUUGUAACUGUUUUGAGUUACACAAGGAGGAAAUCAUGUACAUUCUCACACAUGGGAGUGAAUCUUGUAACUGCCCAUUGCGAUCAAUCUGUACACAUGCGGUACGCAUCUCGUAGCACAAGUAACAUACAAAUGAAUUUUCAAAGGAAAUUA